AUGAAAGAUAUUCCACUAGAAUACCAUGAUCUUUGGGCUGGAGAUUUCCCGCUGAACCCGGACCUUCACCUCCCAGCUGAGAACAGGUUUAUAGCCACAGAUUUCACCCUCAGAACAUCAGACUGUCCUGACACGGAUUUCCCAAUCAGAAUAAUUGACAGUGAGAGAGGCUGUCUCUGGUUCAGAAAGGACAACAAGUUCAAGAUACCCAAAGUUUAUGCAUGCUUCCAGCUGCUGACCCCAUGUAUACAGGAAUCUCCCAAAAAUCUGGUCCUGUUUGAUCUCUUUGUGAAUAUUGUGGCCCAUAAUCUGGCGGAGCCGGCAUACGACGCUGAUACAGCUCAGCUGGAGUAUACGUUAGUUCCUGGAGACCAUGGACUGGUCAAUCACAAACUGCCUUUGCUUCUAAAACUGAUCGUAGAGCACCUGGCCGACUUCAGCGCCACUCCAGAUGUGUUAAGAAUGUUCAUUGAGCAGCUGGAGAAAACCUACUACAUCAUCCUCAUCAAGCCAGAUCGACUUGGAAAAGAUGUUCGAGUGCAGAUCCUGGAGCACCAUCGCUGGUCUGUGAUGCAGAAGUAUAAAGCCAUCAUGGCGGACCUUAGUGUGACUGAUCUCAUGGACUUUGUGAAUCGCUUCAAGGCCGAGUUAUUUGUGGAAGGACUCGUACAAGGGAACUUCACAAGUGCUAUUGAAGAGCUGAAGAUCCUGAAGAAUGAACUGGUGGUUGGAUUCGGAGAGAAAGAGAAGGAAACCUAUGGAGAUGAUCAAUCCAGUUUAGCCCCAGAGACUCAGGAUACAGAAACGAAGACUUCCUCGUAUGGGGACGUGUCUGAGCUCAUCUUCCUCCCCGCCUCGCCCGUCCUCGCUAAAGCCACCAGGAUAACAGACGUCCGGGCAUUCACGUCUUCCAUCAAUAACACACCCCUACCAUAA